CCCGCAUCGAGCUGUGCGCGUUCGUCAGAAGCUCGCGCGGUCACAGACAUGUGAUGAUCAGCGCGUGCACUGAGGAGGCGAGAGGAUGCGCUGCUCCUGGUUUAUGUUGUGCUGGUUUGAAGGUAGCAUAAAGCUCAGUGGGGGCUGAAAUAUGAACAAUAAGCUUGUGACUUUGCGCUCCCACCACUGAGACUAUGAGGCAAGCAGUAACAGCCACCCUGUCCGUGUGGGGAGAGAGGCGAUUCGGGUACUCCACCCUAAAGGACUCCAGCGAGUCUCUGUUGGACGAGCGUAAACUGAGGCCUGGUCUGAAAGAAGACUCUGUCAUUGAAGAGAAAGAACGGGCGGAGAAUGAGCAGGAACAUCCAGAGGCUGUUUUGGGACGUUCAGCGUCCCCUGUGGAGGACACGCAUGCUGCAGGAGACCACCAAACUGGAAGCGCAGAGCUCUCGGACCCCACGGCAGAUUCAUGCUCGGAGCGCAAAAAUAGUGAGAUGGAGACAUCGGUGGUGCCUAGUCUUAAAAACACAGAUUUUUCUGGGAGAAAGGGUUCUCUUGAUGCUUUGCCCGUGCAGCGGUGCAGUUCCCUGGGUACCACAGCACCUCAGUGGGUCCCUGAUUGUCAGGCACCAGCUUGCAUGAAAUGUGGCUCCAAAUUUUCCUUCACCAGAAGACGGCAUCACUGCAGGGCAUGUGGGAAGGUUUUUUGUGUUGUGUGCUGUGACCUGAAAUUUAAAUUGACUCAUCUCGGGGGGAAAGAUGGGCGUGUCUGUGUCACCUGUCAUUCAACUUUGAUAAAUCGGACGCUUCGAAAGGACCAGAAGAAAGUUUGGUUUGCUGACAGUCUCCUUCCUCGGCCUGAAAGUAAAAGUGCAGACAGCACCCCUACACUUAGGAGUGUGACCAACGCACAGAGGACUGAACUUGCUCAGGCGGAUGUGUCUAACCUUGAAGCUGGAGAUGAAGUUAGUGGUCUAAGUGCCAACUCUGCAAAACCCACUCCACCAAAAGACCUUCCCCCUAUUCUGACAUCAACAGGGGUCAAAGGAGACUAUACUCUGGAGGAGAAGCGAACCGAGUCGUCACUCUUAGAAGAAUUGGAGAGAGGUCUGGCAGAGCCUCUGGUGUUUGUGCUCAACGCAAACUUGCUGGCCGUGGUGAAGAUCGUCAGCUAUGUGAACCGCAGAUGCUGGUGUGUUAUGUCAAAGGGAAUGCAUGCCGUUGGGCAACCAGAGGUGGUUAUCCUACUACAGUGUUUGCCCGAGGAGAAGCGAUUCCCAACGGACAUCUUCAACCAUUUUAUUCAGAUCUACUGGGAUGCUCAGACAGCAGGAAAGCUUCUGAAUCAUCUAAGUCACUCUUUGGUGUCCCGUGGGUUUCUGGGUAAUAAUGAGCAUGCCGGCUUUCUUUACGUGCGCCCGUCGUUCCAGUCUUUGGAAGGCCUGCCCUUACCCGCGCCUCCGUUCUUGUUUGGACUUCUCAUCCUCCGUGCGGAGACUCCGUGGGCCAAAGCCUUUCCUCUGAGACUGAUGCUACGUUUGGGAGCGGAGUACAGAUUCUACCCGUGUCCGUUGUUCAGUGUGCGCUACAGAGAGCCUCUCUUCGGGCCUGUCAAUAACAGCAUCAUGAGACUCUUAGUGGAUUUCCGUUUUUACCGCUACACGCUGCCUUCAGUGCCAGGGCUCGUGGUUGAUCUGGAAGCUAGAAGCACCUGUAUAAGAAUCCCAAAAACACGCCAUCCUGAGCUCCUGAAAGCUCUGAAUAAGUCGAAUGAGAGAGUCCUGGCCCUGGGCGCCUGUUUUAAUGAACAGGCUGACUCUCAUCUGAUUUGCGUGCAGACGGCAGAUGGACAGUAUCAGACACAGGCCAUCAGCAUUCACAGUCAACCUCGUAGAGUCACCGGCUCGUGUUUCUUUGUGUUCAGUGGAGCGCUGAAAGCUUCCUCAGGGUACAUGGGCAAGUCCAGCAUUGUGGAAGAUGGUUUGAUGGUGCAGGUAACCAUGGAGACCAUGGCUGAAUUACGACGAUCAUUGCGAGACAUGAAAGAUUUCGCCAUCACCUGUGGAAAACUCCACCCAGCAGAGAGGCAGGAAUACGUGCACAUUAAGUGGCAAGAUGAAGAGCCACGUUUUAAUAAAGGCAUCAUCAGCCCCAUUGAUGGGAAAUCUAUGGAGUCACUUGCAAACAUCAAGACCCAUCAGCGUUUAGAAUACAAAGCCAAUGGGAAGGUCAUUCGCUGGACAGAGGUGUUUUACUUGCAGAAAGACCAGUAUCCAAACGGUCUUAAUAAUCACAGCAGUCAUAACCGGCUAACUGAACGUCUUGCACGGGCCUUCUGCCUUGCUCUGUGCCAGUCUCUCUGCUUGCUUAAAGAGGAUGGCAUGACCAAACUGGCACUGAGAGUUAUCCUGGAUGGGCAAAAGAUGGAGUUUUUGGCAGGCAGCAAUGGGCAGCGCCUACCAGCACCAUACCAAGACUGUCUUAACCAAUCAUUAACCAGCGUGGUACGGAGUAACUCUCACUACCAAGGUCUCGCUGCCUGUCAGCUGGAGCUCAUCUUCUAUAUUCUUGAGGAUACAUCAUAAAGAUCCUGCACGGACCAGCCACUGUCAUAUGUGCCAAUACUCAACCUCAUAAGCAUAACCUUUGAGUUCAGUGAAUGGAGAACCAAGUAGUGUUUAGUAGAUACAAUACUUACUGCUCACUGUGAAAGGGUCUGGGGUUACGAGAUCAAAUGGCUUUAAAAAAAUAACAAUCAGAGCAUCUGUGAAAAAUUAAAGUAGCUAUCUAGUA